AUGACAACUGCAGUCGCUACCACUGCUCGGCCGCCGAUGGACUUCGACAAGUACAACGCCUUUCUGGAGGAAGGAAAGUCCCGAUAUGAGAUCGAUGCUUGCUUGCGACAAGAUGCAUUGUCCCCAGAUGACAUCACAUCUUUUUGGCAACAUGUGGGGGCAAGAGCCUUGGACAAUGCCGCCGCGCAUGCCCCUGCCGACGAUAUCGCGGCCGUGUGGCGGCGGAUUCAGCCGUAUCAGUACUUCCAGCGCGGUUUUUCCCUUCCUCAAGUCCCUGCACGGAAGGAACCUGGUGAUCUCCGUGUCGUGUUCAUCUCGGACACGCACUCGCUCCACGACGACCUCCCGCCGAUUCCCCAUGGCGACGUGCUGGUGCAUGGCGGCGACUUCACCGACACCGGGGACCGCGACGAAGUGUUGGCGUUCAAUGCGUUCCUGGGGACGUUACCCCAUCGGUACAAGAUUGUCAUCGGUGGCAACCACGAGUGUACAUUUGACAAAGCGUACUACAAGACCCACUGGAAGCGGUAUGGCCAUCCCGUCGAAUACGACUCCGACGACGUCAGAUCGUUGCUCACGAACGCGCUGUACCUGGAAGACUCCCUCGUGACCGUCGAAGGAUACCGCAUCUACGGAUCUCCGUGGCAACCUGCAUUUUGCGACUGGGCAUUCAAUCUCCCUCGAGGAAGUGCCAAAUUAAAAGAAAAAUGGGCGGCCAUUCCGUCGGAUGUGGACGUGCUGGUCACUCAUUCUCCUCCGAUGGGUCGCGGCGAUGACGUGGGGCUCCACAGAGUCGGCGAUGUGCAUCUACUCCACCAAGUGCAGGGCCGGAUCAAGCCAGCGUUUCACUUGUUUGGCCAUGUGCACGAAGGGUAUGGCACUAGCUUUGACGGCACGACCAUCUUUGUGAACGGAUCCAACUGCACAGACGAGUACAAAGCCAUUAACCCCGUGAUUGUGUUUGAUCUGCCGCCGCGGAUGGCGUCUGUCGUGGACGACUCAACGCAUUACCACACGAAAAUGGCCCUCCAGCUGCAACAAACAUUACGUGUGCGGCCUGUGGUGUCGGCCACCAUUCGAGCCAUGAAGUACUGCUUUCGAGGCCAAAAGGCUGCCGCUGCCAGCGCUCUGUCAAGUAGUAGCCCAGGCGCGCACUCCCAGCUGACGAUCCCCAACUACAGCAUCGCCACGGCCGGCACGGCGCUGUCCCGCCGCAUCACCAUGUCCGUGUUGCCCCAAGAAGGUCUAUUCCCUGGGACAGUACCCCACGCCCUCAUCGGGGGCUAG